AUGAUCCAAGACAAGCUACCCCUGCCCCACGUCCCCAGAAAGGAGGAGGACGACGACGAACAGCUUCCUCGCCGCUCCACCGCCUGGCUCUUCUUCCGCGCCGCCGCCCUCACCACCCUCGUCCUCUUCCUCCUCUUCGGCCGCCCGCUUCCCCACCAGACGCGGCCCAUCCUCUCCUUCCGACGCCACUGCAGUCAUGUCGCCUCCCCUGAUCCGCCCGCAGCUCUGGUCAAAAAGGUCCCGCUCGAGGCGCACAUCAUGUCCAAGUGCCCGGACGCGCUCGACUGCCUCUCGACCUUUGUCCUGCCCACCAUGGCCGAGGUCAGCGACCGCAUCGACUUCAAGCUGUCGUACAUCGGCAAGCCGACCGACCACGACGACGGCGUCGAGUGCAAGCACGGCCAGACCGAGUGUCUGGGCAACAUGAUCGAGCUGUGCGCCGCCGACCAGUACCCGGACCCCAAGAUAUACCUGGGCUUCACCAUGUGCCUGACGCGCCGCUACAAGGAGAUCCCCAAGGAGUACCUCGUCCACGACUGCGCCCUCGAGUACGGCAUCGACUUCAGCAAGCUGAACGGCUGCUUGAGCCGUGACGAUGGCGGCUACGUGCUUGACCUGCUGCAGGCCAGCUUCCAGCGGAGUAUGGAUCUCAACGCGACCAUCAGCUGCACGGUGCGCUUGAAUGACAAGGUGAGGUGCGUCCGCGAUGGAGGGGAGUGGAAGGACUGUGACAACGACCGCUCCAAUGCCGACGACCUCAUUCACGAUGUCAACGAUCUCUACAACGAGUGGAACGGCCUCACGGCCUAA